GGGAAAAGAAUCCAUGGUGCAGAACAGAUCAGAUGGCCUUCAACUCUGUGUGAGGGACGUCAAGGCAACCAAAGACGCCUCUGGCUACCUGCUACUCUGAAUGCAUGGGCAUGCGGCAUGCAUGGAUGCAUGAUGCAAUUUUCAAGCAGAUUUCAUAGCUCAAUCAGCCGGCAACAUGACGGAGGUGUCAUGGACUAGAUGGGACUUCAGCAAUUUGGACACGGUCGGCUCUAGCCGAGUAGAUGGCGUUCAAGAUCCAAUUGGGUACAAGCUGACCAUGGAUGAUGGCAAUGCUGCUGGCAAGAACAAAUCCAAGACCGCCAACCAGGAGCUGCUUGAAAAGAAGGCGUGGGAGGUUGCCGUCGCGCCUAUCCAAUCUGUCGGCAUGAAUUUCUUCUUUCUGUGGAUGAGCGGGUCUUCACCAGGAAUCUUCACAAUCAUGAUUUUGGGGUAUUGCCUCACCUCUAUAGUUGGUCAGUUCGCCAAAGCCAAUGCAGCUUUCCAAAACUUCAAGACCAUUGACACUACUUUGCAGUGGCUUGCAUACCUGGCUCUUUGCUCGGUGUCUUUGGCGUACCUGCUGUAUCACAUGGCGGGGAUGGGCCUUCUCCCAAAUUCCUCUGGUGAUUGGAUAGCCUUGAUUCCAAACGUGGAGGUGAUCGAGACGGCAGGCGGUGUUGUGAAAUGAGAGAAACGUAGACAUGGCUUGAUGCUGUUUGGCACAGUUUCACAGGAGCACAAGUCCCAACCAUACCUGGAACAACCACGAACAACCUACUAUGACAGAGCAUUCCGGAGUAUUG